AUGGGGCAGCCACUCGCCUGCCUGCUGGCCCUGUGCCUGGCCCUGGCCACGGCCGGGGGCUCGGAGCUGCGGAGAGAGAGCAGAGCCCGGAACCACGGCCACAACGUCUGCAGCACCUGGGGCGCCUUCCACUACAAGACCUUCGACGGGGACGUGUUCCGCUUCCCCGGCCUCUGCGACUACAACCUGGCCUCCGACUGCCGCGACGCCUACCGGGAGUUCGCCGUGCACCUGAGGCGCAGCCCGGGCCGCGCCGGCGGCCACCCGUGGAUCGAGCACGUCCUGCUGAGCAUCAAGGACGACACCAUCUACCUCACCCGCCAGCUGGUCGUGGUGAACGGGGCCAUGGUCAGCACCCCGCACUACCGCUCGGGGCUGCUCAUCGAGAAGAACGACGCUUACACCAAGGUCUUCUCCCGCGCCGGCCUCACCCUCAUGUGGAACCGGGAGGACGCGCUCAUGCUGGAGCUGGACAGCAGGUUCCGGAACCACACGUGCGGCCUCUGCGGCGACUACAACGGCCUGCCGACCUACUCGGAGUUCCUGUCGGACGGCGUGCUCUUCAGUGCCCUCGAGUUUGGAAACAUGCAGAAGAUCAACAAGCCGGGGGAGGAGUGCGACGACCCCGAGGAGGUGUCCGCCCCCCAGUCCUGCUCUGAGCACCGCGCCGAGUGCCAGAGGCUGCUGACGGCCGAGGCCUUCGAGGGCUGCCUGGACCUGGUGCCGCUGGAGCCGUACGUGCAGGCCUGCGCCCAGGACCGCUGCCAGUGCCCGCCCGGCGCCUCCUGCGUGUGCAGCACCCUCGCCGAGUUCUCCCGCCAGUGCUCCCACGCCGGCGGGCAGCCCUGGAACUGGAGGACCGCCUCGCUCUGCCCCAAGACCUGCCCCGGGAACAUGGUCUACCUGGAGAGCGGCUCGCCCUGCAUGGACACCUGCUCCCACCUGGAGGUCAGCCACCUGUGCGAGGAGCACCGCAUGGACGGCUGCUUCUGCCCCGAAGGCACCGUGUUCGACGACCUCAAGGGCAGCGGCUGCGUCCCGGUGAGCCAGUGCCACUGCAGGCUGCACGGGCAGCUGUACGCCCCCGGCCAGCAGGUCAGCCACGACUGCGAGCACUGCGUCUGCAACGCCGGCCGCUGGGUGUGCAAAGACCUGCCGUGCCCCGGGACCUGCGCCCUGGAGGGCGGCUCCCACAUCACCUCCUUCGACGGGAAGAAGUUCACCUUCCACGGCGACUGCUACUACGUGCUGACCAAGGGCGAGCACCCCGACGCCUACGCCCUCCUGGGCGAGCUGGUCCCCUGCGGCGCCACCGACAAGCAGACCUGCCUGAAGACAGUGGUGCUGCUGGCAGACAAGCAGAAGAACGUGGUGGUCUUCAAGGCGGACGGCAGCGUGCUGCUCAACGAGCUGCAGGUGAACCUGCCCCACGUGACAGCGAGCUUCUCCAUCUUCCAACCGUCCUCCUAUCACCUGGUGGUGAGCACGGCCUUCGGCCUGAGGCUGCAGGUCCAGCUGGUACCCAUCAUGCAGCUGUUCCUGACGCUGGACCCGGCCGCCCAGGGCCGCGUGCAGGGCCUCUGUGGGAACUUCAACGGCCAGGAGGGUGACGACUUCCUGACGGCGGGCGGGCUGGUGGAGGCCACGGGCGCCGGCUUCGCCAACACCUGGAAGGCCCAGUCGAGCUGCCACGACAAGCAGGACUGGCUGGACGACCCUUGUUCCCUCAACAUCGAGAGCGCCAACUACGCCGAGCACUGGUGCUCCCUGCUCCGGAAGACGGAGACCCCCUUCGGCAGGUGCCACGCCGCCGUGGACCCGGCCGAGUACUACAAGAGGUGCAGGUACGACACGUGCAACUGCCAGGACAACGAGGACUGCCUGUGCGCCGCGCUGUCCGCCUACGCCCGCGCCUGCGCCGCCAAGGGCGUCGUGCUGUGGGGCUGGCGGGAGCUCGUCUGCAACAAGGACGUGGGCUCCUGCCCCAAGUCGCAGGUCUUCCUGUACAACCUGACCACCUGCCAGCAGACCUGCCGCUCGCUCUCGGAGGCCGACAGCCACUGCGCCAAGGGCUUCGCGCCCGUGGACGGCUGCGGCUGCCCCGACCGCACCUUCCUGGACGAGAAGGGCCGCUGCGUGCCGCUGGCCGCGUGCUCCUGCUACCACCGCGGCCGCUACGUGGCUGCGGGCGACGUGGUCCUGAGGCAGGAGGAGCGCUGCGUCUGCCGGAACGGGAGGCUGCACUGCACCCAGGUCAAGCUGCUCGGCCAGAGCUGCGCGGCCCCCAAGAUUCACGUUGACUGUAACAACCUGACGGCGCUGGCCGCCCGGAACCCCCGCCCCGUCAGCUGCCAGACGCUGGCAGCCGGCCAAUACCAGACGGAGUGCGUCAGCGGCUGCGUGUGCCCCGAGGGGCGGAUGGACGACGGCCGCGGGGGCUGCGUCGUGGAGGAGGAGUGCCCCUGUGUGCACAACCAGGACCUGUACGCCCCCGGAGACAAGAUCGCCGUGGACUGCAACACCUGCACCUGCCAGAGAGGCCGCUGGGCCUGCAGCCAGAGGGUGUGCCACGGCACCUGCUCCAUCUACGGGAGCGGCCACUACAUCACCUUCGACGGGAAGUUCUAUGACUUCGACGGGCACUGCUCCUACGUGGCCGCCCAGGACUACUGCGGCCAGGACUCCGGGCGGGGCUCCUUCAGCAUCGUCACCGAGAACGUCCCCUGCGGCACCACGGGCGUCACCUGCUCCAAGGCCAUCAAGAUCUUCCUGGGGAGGACGGAGCUGAAGCUGGAGGACCAGCAGCGCACGGUGAUCCACCGGGACGAGGGCCAGCACGUGGCCUACACCACGCGGGAGGUGGGCCAGUACCUGGUGGUGGAGACCAGCACGGGCAUCGUCGUCAUCUGGGACAAGAAGACCACCAUCUUCAUCAAGCUGGCGCCCUCCUACCAGGGUUCUGUGUGCGGCCUGUGCGGGAACUUCGACCAGCGCUCCAGCAACGACUUCACCACGCGGGACCACAUGGUGGUGGACAGCGAGCUGGACUUCGGGAACAGCUGGAAGGAGGUCCCCACCUGCCCCGACGUGGCCUCCACCCCCGAGCCCUGCAGCCUGAACCCGCACCGCCGCUCCUGGGCGGAGAAGCAGUGCAGCAUCAUCAAGGGCCAGGUCUUCCACGUCUGCCACAGCAAGGUGGACCCCAAGCCCUUCUACGAGGCCUGCGUGCGCGACAGCUGCUCCUGCGACACGGGCGGCGACUGCGAGUGCUUCUGCUCCGCCGUGGCCGCCUACGCCCAGGAGUGCACCAAGGAGGGCGCCUGCGUGUUCUGGAGGACGCCCGACCUGUGCCCCAUCUUCUGCGACUACUACAACCCCCCGGACGAGUGUGAGUGGCACUACGAGCCUUGCGGGAACCGCAGCUUCGAGACCUGCAGGACCAUCCACGGCCUCCACUCCAACGUCUCCGUGUCCCACCUGGAGGGCUGCUACCCCCGGUGCCCUGCGGACCGGCCCAUCUAUGACGAGGAUCAGAGGAAGUGCGUCACGGGGGACCAGUGUGGCUGCUACGUGGAGGACACCCACUACCCACCCGGAGCGCCCUUGCCGCCCAAGCACGACUGCCAGUCCUGCGUGUGUAACGACUCCUCGCAAGUUGUCUGCCGGCCGGAGGAAGGGAAGAUCCUCAACUUCACCCAGGACGGCUCCUUCUGCUUCUGGGAGAUCUGUGGCCCCAACGGGACGGUGGAGAGGCACUUCAACAUCUGCGUGUCCACCACCACCCCCGUCUCCUCCCCGACACCCGUCACCACCACCCCUGUGCCCACCACCCCCACCACCACCGCCACCACCCCGACCCCGACGCCCAGCACAGUGUCGCCGCCCUCCUCCACGACUCCAGGGCUGUGCUGCUUCUGGUCCGACUGGAUCAACGAGAACCACCCGAGCCUCAGCCCUGACGGCGGCGACCGGGAGACCUUCGACGGCGUGUGCCCGGCGCCAGAGGACAUCCAGUGCCGCUCGGCCACCGAGCCGCACCUCGGCUGGGAGGAGCUGGGCCAGCAGGCCCGGUGCGACCUCUCGGUGGGCUUCCUCUGCAGGAACGAGGACCAGUUUGGAAACGGCCCCUUCGCGGUCUGCUACGACUACGAGAUCCGCGUCAACUGCUGUCUGCCGCUGGACCAGUGUCCCGGCUCCACGCCUACCACCACCACCACCACCACCUCACCCACCACCUCACCCACCACCUCACCCACCACCUCUCCCACCACCUCACCCACCACCUCACCCACCACCUCACCCACCACCUCACCCACCACCUCUCCCACCACCUCACCCACCACCUCACCCACCACGACACCCACCACGACACCCACCACCACCUCAACUGAGACACCAACCCCAACCCCUACCACCACCACCACUGAAACCCCAACCCCAACCCCUACUACCACUGUGACCCCGACCACCACCACCACCAGCUCUCCCACCACCUCACCCACCACCCCCACACCAGAGCCGACCACCACCACUACCUCACCAACCACCUCACCCACCACAACUCCCACAACCACCACCACCAGCUCUCCCACCACCUCACCCACCACCCCCACACCAGAGCCGACGACCACCGUGACAACCACUACUACGACAUCCACAGCUACACCAACGCCCACCACCACGGUGUCCACCAGCACGCCCGUGCCGUCAUCCACUCCGUGUGUGGAGGAGUGCAGGUGGACGGGCUGGGAAGACAGUGGGAAACCGGGCUUCGGGCCGUCAGGUGGAGACUUCGAGGCCAUUGACAAGGUGUGUCCGCACGGCUGGGCAGCCAACAUCUCCUGCAGAGCCGUCAUGUUCCCAGACCGGCCCAUCGAGGCCCUGGGACAGACUGUGGUGUGCGACCUCUCAGUGGGGCUCGUGUGCAGAAACCAAGACCAGAAGCCAGGGGGAGCCAGCAACAUUCCCAUGUGCCUCAACUAUGAGAUCAACGUCUACUGCUGUGGGUCCUGCUCUACCACCACCACGGUGACCCCCACACCCACACCCACCAUCAGCUCAACAAAGACACCAACCACCACCCCCCACACCACCACCACAGUGCCCCCGACCACCACACCCACCAUCAGCUCAACAGAGACACCAACCACCACCACCAGCUCUCCCACCACCUCUCCCAUCACCCCCACAGCAGAGCCGACCACCACCACUACCUCACCAACCACCUCACCCACCACGACACCCACCACCACCUCAACUGAGACACCAACCCCAACCCCUACCACCACCACCACUGAAACCCCAACCCCAACCCCUACUACCACUGUGACCCCGACCACCACCACCACCAGCUCUCCCACCACCUCACCCACCACCCCCACACCAGAGCCGACCACCACCACUACCUCACCAACCACCUCACCCACCACAACUCCCACAACUACCACCACCAGCUCUCCCACCACCUCACCCACCACCCCCACACCAGAGCCGACCACCACCACUACCUCACCAACCACCUCACCCACCACGACACCCACUACCACCUCAACUGAGACACCAACCCCAACCCCAACCACCACCACCACUGAAACCCCAACCCCUACUACCACUGUGACCCCGACCACCACCACCACCAGCUCUCCCACCACCUCACCCACCACCUCACCCACCACAACUCCUACAACCACCACCACCACCUCUCCCACCACCUCUCCAAUCACCCCCACAGCAGAGCCGACCACCACCACUACCUCACCAACCACCUCACCCACCACAACUCCCACAACCACCACCAUCACCUCUCCCACCACCUCUCCAAUCACCCCCACAGCAGAGCCGACCACCACCACUACCUCACCAACCACCUCACCCACCACGACACCCACCACCACCUCAACUGAGACACCAACCCCAACCCCUACCACCACCACCACUGAAACCCCAACCCCAACCCCUACUACCACUGUGACCCCGACCACCACCACCACCAGCUCUCCCACCACCUCACCCACCACCCCCACACCAGAGCCGACCACCACCACUACCUCACCAACCACCUCACCCACCACAACUCCCACAACCACCACCACCAGCUCUCCCACCACCUCACCCACCACCCCCACAGCAGAGCCGACCACCACCACUACCACACCAACCCCAACCCCUACCACCACCACCACUGAAACCCCAACCCCAACCCCUACUACCACUGUGACCCCGACCACCACCACCACCAGCUCUCCCACCACCUCACCCACCACCUCACCCACCACAACUCCUACAACCACCACCACCACCUCUCCCACCACCUCUCCAAUCACCCCCACAGCAGAGCCGACCACCACCACUACCUCACCAACCACCUCACCCACCACAACUCCCACAACCACCACCAUCACCUCUCCCACCACCUCUCCAACCACCCCCACAGCAGAGCCGACCACCACCACUACCUCACCAACCACCUCACCCACCACGACACCCACCACCACCUCAACUGAGACACCAACCCCAACCCCUACCACCACCACCACUGAAACCCCAACCCCAACCCCUACUACCACUGUGACCCCGACCACCACCACCACCAGCUCUCCCACCACCUCACCCACCACCCCCACACCAGAGCCGACCACCACCACUACCUCACCAACCACCUCACCCACCACAACUCCCACAACCACCACCACCAGCUCUCCCACCACCUCACCAACCACCCCCACACCAGAGCCGACGACCACCGUGACGACCACUACUACGACAUCCACAGCUACACCAACGCCCACCACCACGGUGUCCACCAGCACGCCCGUGCCGUCAUCCACUCCGUGUGUGGAGGAGUGCAGGUGGACGGGCUGGGAAGACAGUGGGAAACCGGGCUUCGGGCCGUCAGGUGGAGACUUCGAGGCCAUUGACAAGGUGUGUCCGCACGGCUGGGCAGCCAACAUCUCCUGCAGAGCCGUCAUGUUCCCAGACCGGCCCAUCGAGGCCCUGGGACAGACUGUGGUGUGCGACCUCUCAGUGGGGCUCGUGUGCAGAAACCAAGACCAGAAGCCAGGGGGAGCCAGCAACAUUCCCAUGUGCCUCAACUAUGAGAUCAACGUCUACUGCUGUGGGUCCUGCUCUACCACCACCACGGUGACCCCCACACCCACACCCACCAUCAGCUCAACACAGACACCAACCACCACCCCCCACACCACCACCACAGUGCCCCCGACCACCACACCCACCAUCAGCUCAACAGAGACACCAACCACCACCACCAGCUCUCCCACCACCUCACCCACCACCCCCACACCAGAGCCGACCACCACCACUACCUCACCAACCACCUCACCCACCACGACACCCACCACCACCUCAACUGAGACACCAACCCCAACCCCUACCACCACCACCACUGAAACCCCAACCCCAACCCCUACUACCACUGUGACCCCGACCACCACCACCACCAGCUCUCCCACCACCUCACCCACCACCCCCACACCAGAGCCGACCACCACCACUACCUCACCAACCACCUCACCCACCACAACUCCCACAACCACCACCACCAGCUCUCCCACCACCUCACCCACCACCCCCACACCAGAGCCGACCACCACCACUACCUCACCAACCACCUCACCCACCACGACACCCACUACCACCUCAACUGAGACACCAACCCCAACCCCUACCACCACCACCACUGAAACCCCAACCCCAACCCCUACUACCACUGUGACCCCGACCACCACCACCACCAGCUCUCCCACCACCUCACCCACCACCUCACCCACCACAACUCCCACAACCACCACCACCACCUCUCCCACCACCUCUCCAAUCACCCCCACAGCAGAGCCGACCACCACCACUACCUCACCAACCACCUCACCCACCAUCACCUCUACAGAGACACCAACCACCACUCCUCACACCACCACCACCAAAGAGACACCAACCACCACUCCUCACACCACCACCACAGAGACACCAACUACAACCCCCCACACCACCACCACAGUGCCCCCGACCACCACACCCAUCAUCAGCUCAACAGAGACACCAACCACCACUCCUCACACCACCACCACAGUGCCCCCAACCACCACACCCAUCAUCAGCUCAACAGAGACACCAACCACCACUCCUCACACCACCACCACAGUGCCCCCGACCACCACACCCACCAUCACCUCUACAGAGACACCAACCACCACCCCCCACACCACCACCACAGUGCCCCCGACCACCACACCCACCAUCAGCUCAACAGAGACACCAACCACCACUCCUCACACCACCACCACAGAGACACCAACUACAACCCCCCACACCACCACCACAGAGACACCAACUACAACCCCCCACACCACCACCACAGUGCCCCCGACCACCACACCCAUCAUCAGCUCAACAGAGACACCAACCACCACCCCCCAGACCCCCACCCCCACUCCCGUGACUAUGUCAACGACUACCACGGGAACCCCUACUCCGUCUGGACACCCGUCAACCACGCCGACCCCCACCACCUCCACCAGCGUGCCCACCUCCUCGCCGACCCCGAUCCCCACCUCGUCCCAGCAGUGGUGUUGCGUUUUGAAUGACACCUACUACGAGCCAGGCGAGAUGGUGUACAACGGCACCCACGGGGACACCUGCUACUACGUGAACUGCUCCCUCAACUGCACCUUUGAGAUCUUCAAUUGGCCCUGCCCGUCCACGCCGUCCACGCCCUCAACGUCGACACCCACUCCGACACCCAGCACAUCCACGCCCACCACCCGGCCACCCACCACGUCCAGCACGCCGGCCACCUCCAGCCCCCCCGGGUGCCCGGACUUCGACCCUCCCAGGAAGGAGAACGAGACGUGGUGGCUGUGUAACUGCACCAUGGCCGUCUGCAAGCACGACAACACGGUGGAGCUGGUGGAGGUGGAGUGCAAGCCCCCGCCCAUGCCCACCUGCUCCAACAACCUCACACCCGUGCGCGUCAUGGACCCCGACGGCUGCUGCUGGCACUGGGAGUGUGACUGCUACUGCACGGGCUGGGGGGACCCCCACUACGUCACCUUCGACGGACUCUACUACAGCUACCAGGGCAACUGCACCUACGUGCUGGUGGAGCAGGUCCAGCCCACCGUGGACAACUUCGGGGUCUACAUCGACAACUACCACUGCGACGUCACCGACCAGGUGUCCUGCCCCCGCACGCUCAUCGUGCGCCACGAGACGCAGGAGGUGCUGAUCAAGACGGUGCAGAUGGCGCCCAUGCGGGUCCAGGUGCAGGUCAACGGGCAGGCGGUGGCGCUGCCCUACAGGAAGUACGGGCUGCAGGUGUACGAGUCCGGCAUCAACUUCGUGGUGGACAUCCCCGAGCUGGGCGCCCUCAUCUCCUACAACGGCCUCGCCUUCGCCAUCCGGCUGCCCUACCGCCUGUUCGGCAACAACACCAAGGGCCAGUGCGGCACGUGCACCAACAGCACGGCGGACGACUGCGUGCUGCCCAGCGGCGAGAUCGUCUCUGACUGCGAGGUGGCCGCCGACCAGUGGGUGGUGAACGACCCCUCCAAGCCGCACUGUCCGCACACGAGCUUCACCACCCGGCGCCCGGCCACCACGCCCUCCGGGGGCGGCGCCCACAAGAACUGCUCCUCUCCGCUCUGCGAGCUCAUCAAGGACAGCCUGUUUGCCCAGUGCCACCCCCUGGCACCCCCCCAGCACUACUACGAGGCCUGCGUGUUCGACACCUGCCACGUGCCCAACUCGGGCCUGGAGUGCGCCAGCCUGCAGACCUACGCGGCGCUCUGUGCCCACGAGGGCGUCUGCAUCGACUGGCGGAACCACACCCACGGGGCCUGCCCCGUGACGUGCCCGCCUCACCGGGAGUACCGGGCCUGCGGUCCCGCCGAGGAGCCCACCUGCAAGUCCAGCGCCUCCCGCCUGCCCGUCCCCAGCGUCCCGGAGAACAGCACGCUGCUGGUGGAGGGCUGUUUCUGCCCCGAGGGCACCAUGAACUACGCCCCCGGCUUCGACGUCUGCGUGGAAGUGUGCGGCUGUGUGGGGCCCGACAACGUGCCCAGAGAGUUUGGGGAGCACUUUGAGUUUGACUGCAAGGACUGCGUGUGCCUGGAGGGCGGGAGCGGCAUCGUCUGCCAGCCCAAGCAGUGCAGCCAGGAGCCGCCCGCCAGCUGUGAGGAGGACGGCACGUACCUGGUCACGGAGGUCAACCCCGCGGACACCUGCUGCAACAUCACCUUCUGCAAGUGCGACACCAGCCUGUGCAAGGAGCAGCCUCCGCAGUGCCCGCUGGGCUUCGACGUGAAGAGCGAGAUGAAGCCCGGGAGGUGCUGCCCCCUCUACUCCUGCGUGCCCAAGGGCGUCUGUGUGGUUGGGAACGCCGAGUACCAGCCCGGCUCCCCGGUGUACUCCUCCAAGUGCGAGACCUGCGUCUGCACCAACACCACGGACAGCGCCACGCAGCUCAACCACGUGUCCUGCAGCCACGUGCCCUGCCCCAGCACCUGCAACCCCGGCUUCGGGCUGGUGACCGUCCCGGGCGAGUGCUGCAAGAAGUGCGAGCAGACGGACUGCAUCAUCAGCCGGCCCGGCGGCCACAACCUCAUCCUGAAGCCCGGGGACAUGGAGAGUGACCCCGAGAACAACUGCACCUUCUUCAGCUGCGUGAAGAUCCACAACCAGCUCAUCUCGUCCGUGUCCAACAUCACCUGCCCUGACUUCGACCCCAGCGCCUGCGUCCCGGGCUCCAUCACCCUCAUGCCCAACGGCUGCUGCAAGAAAUGCAUCCCUCGCAACGAGACCAAGGUCCCCUGCUCCACCAUCUCCGAGACCAAGGAGAUCUCGGAAGGCGGCUGCACCAAGAAGGUCCUCAUGAACUACUGCUCCGGGUCCUGCGGGACCUUCGCCAUGUACUCGGCCGAGGCACAGGCGCUGGACCACAAGUGCUCGUGCUGCAAGGAGGAGCGCACCAGCCGGCGGACGGUGGAGCUGAGCUGCCCCGACGGCUCCUCGCGCAGCCACACCUACACCCACAUCGAGAGCUGCCUGUGCCAGGACACGCUGUGCGAGCUCCCCCCGCGCCGGGGGACCGGCCGCGCCCGCCGCGCCGCCUCCCUGGGCCUGCCUCCCAGCAGGGGCUGA